AUGCAGGUGUCUUUGGCGCUCGUGUACUCCAGCGCGGUACUGUUGCUGCUACAGGGAUGUUUUACCGCCGUGCAAGGAUGGAGGGUUUUGAAAAAUGAUGCGACAGAAAUAAUACCAGAAUACACCGAAGAAAUUCAGCAAGUAGAGGAGCAAAAUAUUCUAUCUGACAACAAUACUUUGAACCGUCCAAGAAACGGCGGAAGGAGGUCAUCAGGAAACUCAAAGUCCUUUGGAGCUUCAGAGCUGAGCUGUCGAGAACGUCGGUUUACCCGUUACGUCACCGACGGCUCUUGCCGCAGUGCCGACCCCGUGAAGGAGCUGCUGUGUUCGGGCCAGUGCCUGCCGGCUCAUCUCAUGCCCAACUCCAUCCUGCGUGGCAAGUGGUGGAGAACCAACUUGUCUGACUACCGCUGCAUUCCCGCCCACUCCCGCACCCAGCGGGUACAACUCCAAUGUCCGAACGGGCGCAGUCGGACGUAUAAAAUCCGCGUUGUCACGUCCUGCAAGUGCAAGCGCUACACCCGCCAUCACAACCAAUCAGAUACCAAAGAGCCCACCACCCAGAAAACCAGACGCCCCAAGAAGCAUUCCCGCCACUCUCAUGGACGGGUUCGGAGCAAACUUCCUGUGAUCAGCAGCAACUCUUACUGA